UUAUUUGCCCAAUGCACACUACUCUACGUGUUCUCAACAACAACAAAUUUCCUACCCAAAUUUCCCAGGAAAAUCUCGCUUGUUUCCACUGAUUGUUGGUAACUAUAAGGUGUAGAGAGGGUUGAACCUUCAGCUACCAGUGCUUCUCCCUUACCAGUUGGAUAGACCUGUGUUUUUUCCAAAUCAAGGAAUUUUCAGUUGAUAGAGCAUCUGGAGACAGAAUGGCCCUUGUGCCAAAGAAAUGCGGAAUAAGGGUGGAUCCGCCAACUCUCAUUGUGACAUACAUCGAUGAACGCUCGGGAAAGAAACGCCAGAGGUCAUUGCCCCUUCGUAAAUUCACCAAGCAGUCCAACAUUGACGACGCCAUUCAGGAUCUGAAGUUCAAGCCCAAGCACCGGGAGCUGAUUGAACAGAUCAACCGACGGCAGCUGGAGAAGCUUCUCAGGGUCAUCCAAGAGCGGCAGGAUGGUAGAAGGCUCGAUGAUGCCAUUAAGAAGGUGGAGAAAGAGAUGGAGAUUGUCAUUGACCCAAACGAGAACCUCAACACCUUGGAUGACAGGGCCCUCAGCGAGAAGAAGGCGAUCAUGGAUGAGACCUUUGAGAAGAACCGUAAGAAGCCUGGCGAUCCUGGAUUCCAGUAUGAAGUUGAGAUUGACUUUGAGAAGGAAGGUCCACCGAUUGAAUCAAGUGGCUGGGAUUCAGAAGAAGACUCAGAUCCAUUGUUUUAGGAACAAGUGGUUAAAGACUCUGCUCUGUGAAAACUUGUCAAUCAAUAGAAGAUUUAUUUCAGUAAAGGACAAAGAAGCUUUGCUAAUUGCUGACUGUAUUCAGGCCGAUUGUAUUCAGAAACGAAGCAUGUCAAAAUCAAUGGUGCUUGCUACUGUAUGCUCCUGUAUGUUACAUGUUUGUCAUUUUAUCCACAGUGGUCUAUAUUCUGAAACCCCCCAUUACCAUAACUUAGACUUACAUCUCAAGUGGUUGAACUGGAGUGCAGAAUACGGGCCAGUGUUUUAAGCUCCUAAUCAAAGAAAUUAUGCUGGUAUAUUCCGAUGGUCACACAAUUUUGUAAUUUUUUUUAUCUGUUUACACAGACUUCUGCUAAUUAGUCAGUUAUUGAUUCAUGUCAUGCUUAAUUUUGUUAGAACUUGUCGCGUCUUUUAGCGACUUAUCACAUUUUAAUUAUCUGAUAAACCUUUAAAUACGUAGAUUAUAAAAAAGAUUCUUUCUUUUGCUUUGGGCGUCUAUUUCAUUCCUUAGUUGUGUUAUCAGAAAUUUUGAAUUGUCAUUAAAGGGAUGGUCCGGGCUGAAAAUAUAUAUCUUAAUACAUAGAGUAGAAUUCACUGAGAAAAAUGCUUAAAAUUUCAUCAA